UUCCCUCUCUAAUUUAUGCUCGUGAAUUGUUCAGUUGGGCAGUUCACAAAGUCCUCGAUAGCUAAGUUUGUUUUUGCCAACAAGCUUCCUCUAGUUACCACUUUUACCAGAGAAAGUGCACCUUUGAUUUUUGAGAGCCCAAUUAAGAAACAGCUGUUGCUGUUUACCACAUCAAAAGAUUUGGACAAGGUUGUUCCAGCAUUCCAAGAAGCUGCAAAACUUUUCAAGGGAAAGCUUUUAUUUGUACACGUGGAAAUGGACAAUGAAGAUGUUGGAAAGCCCGUAGCAGAUUAUUUUGGAGUAACUGGAGAUGCUUCAAAAGAAAUGAUGAUCCUGAGAAAUAUGUUUUUGAUGGGGAAGUCACUUUUGAUAAAAUUAAGGCAUUUGGAGAGGAUUUCCUACAAGACAAGCUCAAACCAUUCUAUAAGUCUGAUCCAAUUCCCGAGAGUUGAUGAUGGCGAUGUAAAAACUGUCAUCAGGAAUAACUUUGAUGAAAUUGUUUUGGAUGGGUCUAAAGAUGUUCUUCUUGAGAUUUAUGCUCCAUGGUGUGGCCAUUGCCAAGCUCUUGAACCAACUUACAAGAAGCUCACCAAGCACUUGCAUGGCAUUGAAUCUCUUGUUAUAGCCAAAAUGGACGGAACCACAAAUGAACACCCCAGGGCCAAGGCCGAUGGAUUCCCUUCUAUUCUCUUCUUCCCAGCUGGAAACAAGAGUUUCGAACCUAUUACUGUUGACGCGGAUAGAACAGUUGUUGCAUUCUACAAAUUCCUCAAGAAACACGCUGCGAUCCCUUCCAAGCUCGAGAAACCAACUUCGUCUCCAGCAUCUGAGGAUUCUAAUGGCAAACGAGGCAUUAAGAGCUCCAGCAGUGAUGUAAAGGAUGAACUUUGAAUAUUAUAUUGUAAUAGAACGAUGUACUAUUUUGUCCCCAGCCAGGCUACAGGUAGAUACAAGAGAAGAUAGUGAAAUAGAGAUGGAGAAUCUGAAGCAGAGACUAAUUUAUUAUUAUUAUUAUUAUUAUUUGGGAAUUUUACUCAUCAAAAUUUA